CAUUUUCUUAGCCGCAAGUCCAGAAAACGAGUGAACGUCAUACAUACACAAAGCAACCGUUGCAUCAGGAAGACAAAGAACCAAUGAAUUACAAUAUUUCAAAGGUUGGUGUUCCAUGUCAAACUCCUCCAUUCAUGGUUAAUCUGAGCGUGCCCCAUCCUCCAGCUUUUUCUUAUGCAAACAGCACACACUUGUCCAGUAACCUCACCAUGGUAACGGGAUAUAUCAAUCUCGGUAAAUUUAAAAAAGGAGAGGCAGAUUUAUUUUAUACCAAUGACAUGUACAAGGGAUGGAUGCGAAGGCUGGCAAAAAUACGCAACUUUAUGGUGAUAUUUGUGGAGGAAAACAUAACCGAUGCGAUAUUCAGGGAAGCGAGAUCUUAUCUUCCUUCUAGCUUCACAAAAAUAAUACAUAUCAAAAGAAAUGACCUUUGGGGAUUCAAAUUAGAAAAUUCUAUAAAAAAUAUUUACGAUGCUCCAUGCUACCCCAAGUUCCACCCAAACACAGUUAUGGCUUCGUAUUCCUGUGUUAUGCAGAGCAAAUAUGACAUGAUGGGAAUGGCGGUGCAGAAAAAUUACUUCCAAACUAAAUAUUUUAGUUGGGUUGAUAUUGGAUGCUUUAGAGACCAACCGGAAAACGGCCCACCGUUCUCGCUUGGUCUUCCAAAAAAAUUCAAUGAAGAAAGAGUAGCSUAUACCGAGGUAUACUCAAGGCGAACCAACGUGAAUUGCCAAGACAUUGUCUUCAACAACUUAGUGUGGGUAGGGGGACCGUAUUUUGUCGGUAGAGGUGACGUCAUGCUUGCAUGGGUGACGCAAUACCAGUCUUACGUGUACAAUAUGUUACAUUCUGGAUUGAUGAGUACGGACCAACAGGUGAUAUACUGUAUGUUUAAUGCAAGGCCACAACCUUCUAGUGUUAAGAUACAAGUGUACAAGGCACAGGAGGAGCACCAUGACUGGUUUACACUGGGAUAUCUCAGUAAGAGAAACAGGUGACCUACCUUAACAUGUCACGUAAUAGUCUUCCGCCAUCUUUGUUAUAGAUUCCAAAUGCAAACAUCAUUAAUAGACCACUUUCAUGUGAYGUGAAAGCAGCUCAAUCUGGAGGACAAAACAAACUUUUUCAAUUUCAAUUUCAAUCUCAUGAGAAUUGGAAACCUCAGUAUUGUGAUGUCCUCCAAAUUGAACUGCAUCUCGACAUGCUGCAAGGGGUCAUGCUGCCGGGGCUUUCCCCAAGAUAACACCGGAGGCACAAAUACAUGCCAAACACUGGGUUUGGAUACAUAUCUCACGCUUGUCAUGAGGUAACUUUAAUAUUCACGUAAUAGUCUUCUGCCAUGUUGGUUAUAGAUCGAUCAAUCAAAGUUUAUUSACUGCACCAAAAAAUAUAUAAGGAUUAAUGUCAUUGAGAUGCAUAAAGAUUCCAAUUAUAAGAGUUGGGAGACCUGAAGUAGCUUUAAGAAGGACUAAUCAAAGUCUGCUGGUGGUAUCCAAAUUUUCAGAUUUCAAAUGUGAAAAUCAUCAAUAUACCUAUGCUAGGAUAAAGCACUUGUAUUAGCUAAAGUCUCGGUUGGGAUACCUAUCUCACGCUUGUUAUGACGUAGACUUCGAUCGGGAUGAUUAAACCAUAACACAUGGUUAAAA